CAAAAUGUUAUGGUAGUACCCAUCCAGCGAAUACUUACCGGUCUGUGGAUGUCGAAUUCCCUCACCAGCAGACAGUGAAGCAGCACGCUGGGAGAAGCCGCCAUCGCACCUCAACCGCACAAGCCCUACAGAACGGAUGCCCGUGCCGCAUCCGCUCCCGCGCCUCCACUAUUUCCCCGAAUUCGCCCCUCAGAUCCGCCAUUGCUGCGUGCCCCUCCUCAUCAGCCCCAGCGCUCCGCCCCCUCACCCUCGUCGCGCCGUGCGUCGUUGCGGUGACCGCAUCGUCGCGUCAUGGAUCCGCCUCAGCCGCUCCACCCUCGCUUCCGUCUCUCCCGCGCCCUCUCUCCUCUCAUGUCGCUCUUCAUAGUCCUCCUUCUCUUCCUAUUCGCCUAUCCUCCCUCCCUCCCCCUCACACCGCCCCGUUUCCCCCGCCGCCUUUCCCUCCACCCGCUCGCCUCCCUCUCCUCCCUCCUCUCCUUCCCCUCUCGUCUCCCGCCGCCCCCACCGCUGCUUCCCAUCCCCACGGCGCGCCAGCUGACACGUCAGCGUGCUGAGCUGGCAGCAUUCUUCCACGUGGGCGUGAACACGUUCACGGAUCGCGAGUGGGGCACGGGCGGCGAGAGCCCCUCGCUCUUCAACCCCGCGGCGCUCAACGCCACGCAGUGGGUGGCGACGGUGAAGGACGCAGGCUUUAAGCUGGUGGUGCUGACAGCCAAGCACCACGACGGUUUCUGCCUGUGGCCCUCCGCCCUCACCAGCCACUCCGUGCGCUCCGCGCCCUGGAAGGCCGGCCGGGGAGACGUUGUGGCUGACGUGGCAGCAGCGGCCCGGGCGGCGGGGGUGGGGAUGGGGCUGUACCUGUCGCCGUGGGACCGGCACGAGGCAGCGUACGAGGCGGGCGCGGAGGCGUACAACGCGUUCUAUGAGGGGCAGCUGCGGGAGCUGCUCACCAGCUAUGGCCCCAUCGCAGAAGUCUGGCUGGAUGGCGCCAAGGGCGACGACCGCCCCAUGGCGUACCACACGGUCACGUGGCAGGCGCUCAUUCGCCAGCUGCAGCCGGGCGCCGCUGUGUUCUCAGCGCAGGGCCCCGACCUGCGGUGGACCGGCAACGAGCGUGGCGAGGCGGGCAGCACGUGCUGGGGCACGGUGAACGGCAGUGAGCUGACGCUGGAGGGGUGGGACACAGACUACCUCAACCACGGUGACGUGGCAGGUGUGGAUUGGAUCCCGCCCGAGUGCGACGUGUCCAUCCGCCCCGGGUGGUUCUGGCACCCCUUGGAGCGCCCCAAGCCGCUCGCCCACCUGCUGGACCUCUACUUGGCGUCAGUGGGGCGCGGGUGCUGCCUGCUGCUCAACAUCCCCCCCAACACCACGGGGCUGCUGCACGCAGAGGACGUGCAGCGAGUGGGCGAGUUUGGGCGUGCGGUGCGGGGGCUGUUCCAGGAGGAGGUGAGCGCCGGGGCACGGGCGUGGGCGAGCAGUGUGUACGGGUGCGGUGGGGUGGGGAGGGAAGGUGAAGGGAUGGGGGUGGGAUUCUGGCGGUUAUGGAGGGGAGGGGGGGGGAGGGGCGAGUACGGGCCGGAGAAUGUGCUGAGGGCGGGAGACGGGGACUUCUGGGCAGCGGAGGAUGGGGUGCUCUCAGCGGUUCUGGAGUUUGACCUCGGGCAGGUGAAAAGUUUCCAUGUGGCUCGCCUUGAAGAGCCGGUCGCAUACGGGCAGAGAAUAAAAGCAUUUUCCGUAGAGUUUUUGGAUGAUGGUACUGAUGUGGAUGCUGAUGCAGCUGUAAGUGUGCCUGCGUUUGAGUCACAACUUUCUAUUGGCAGCAGCAGCGCUGCUACUGCAAGCACAGUGCGCCACAUGGCUCUGCAUGUGGUGCAACUGGUGGGGCGACCUGUGGGGCAGUGGUGGGGGCAGGGAUGGGGCCAGAGGUGGGUCCUUGACUUCAUGCUUCGCCUAACGAACCAGAGAGCGGAAGCGUCUCACAAUCCCCGUGCCCCUGCGAGUGUGAGGCGGACUAUGCAGGAUGUGGGGGGAGUGUGGAGGGUGGUAGUGAACGGGACAACGGUGGGAAGGAAGAGGCUGGCUCGGUUUGAAGCCGUGAGAGCAAGGCGUGUGAGGGUAGUGAUUCACGACGCCAGGGCUGCUCCGCUGCUCUCUUUCUUUGCGAUCUAUAGGAGCGGUGAUGGGAGUCCUGAAUAAUAUGUUGUUCACGGGUAAAGUCUGUCGUAACGAGAGAAUUUAGGCUAGGUAGGAAUAGGUGAAGCCAUGAAUAUGGCGUGAGAUCUAGAUCUAGGAGGUAGGCGAGAAUGUUGAGAGAAAAGAGAACUAGGAAAGAAGAGAGAGGGAUACAAGGAGGGGUGUUGUACCUUCUACAGUAAUGUUCAGUAACAUCUACCAAGCCUACA